UUAUCAUCUCCUCGUUUUUGAUAAAAUCUCUCUGAAUCUCUCCAAACUCUCUCAAGUCUCUCUUCUCAUCAACUAUGGAUCCUUACAAGUAUCGUCCAGCUAGUUCUUACAACUCUCCCUUCUUCACCACCAACUCUGGUGCUCCUGUAUGGAACAACAACUCCUCCAUGACCGUUGGACCCAGAGGUCCUAUCCUUCUUGAGGAUUACCAUCUGGUUGAGAAGCUUGCCAAUUUUGACAGGGAACGGAUUCCAGAGCGUGUGGUUCAUGCCAGGGGAGCUAGUGCUAAAGGUUUUUUUGAGGUUACUCAUGAUAUAUCUAACCUCACAUGUGCUGACUUUCUCCGAGCUCCUGGUGUUCAGACUCCUGUCAUUGUUCGGUUUUCUACCGUUAUCCAUGAGCGUGGAAGUCCCGAGACCUUGAGAGACCCUCGUGGUUUUGCAGUCAAGUUCUACACCAGAGAGGGAAACUUUGAUCUUGUUGGAAACAACUUUCCAGUUUUCUUCAUCCGCGAUGGGAUGAAGUUCCCUGACAUGGUUCACGCCCUUAAGCCGAACCCGAAAUCUCACAUCCAGGAGAACUGGAGAAUCCUUGACUUCUUCUCCCACCACCCUGAAAGUUUGAACAUGUUCACUUUCCUCUUCGAUGAUAUCGGUAUCCCACAAGAUUACAGGCACAUGGACGGUUCGGGUGUCAACACAUACAUGUUGAUCAACAAAGCUGGCAAAGCUCACUACGUGAAAUUCCAUUGGAAACCAACUUGUGGAGUCAAGUCUCUUUUGGAAGAAGAUGCAAUUCGUGUUGGAGGAACCAACCACAGUCACGCAACUCAGGACUUGUAUGACUCAAUUGCUGCUGGAAAUUACCCUGAAUGGAAGCUCUUUAUCCAAAUCAUUGAUCCAGCUGAUGAAGACAAGUUCGACUUUGACCCGCUCGAUGUGACCAAGACCUGGCCUGAAGAUAUCUUGCCUCUUCAACCUGUUGGUCGUAUGGUGUUGAACAAGAACAUUGACAACUUCUUUGCAGAGAAUGAGCAACUUGCCUUCUGCCCUGCAAUCAUUGUUCCCGGGAUACACUACUCAGACGACAAGCUGCUUCAAACACGUGUCUUCUCCUAUGCCGACACUCAGAGACACCGUCUUGGACCAAACUACCUUCAGCUACCAGUCAAUGCCCCAAAAUGUGCUCACCACAACAACCACCAUGAGGGAUUCAUGAAUUUCAUGCACAGGGACGAGGAGGUCAAUUACUUCCCGUCGAGGUAUGACCCGGUUCGUCAUGCUGAGAAGUAUCCAACUCCACCUGCUGUCUGCUCUGGCAAACGUGAGAGGUGCAUUAUUGAGAAAGAGAACAACUUCAAGGAGCCUGGAGAGAGAUACCGUUCUUUUACACCAGAGAGGCAAGAACGAUUCAUCCAGAGAUGGAUUGACGCCUUAUCCGACCCUCGCAUCACGCAUGAAAUCCGCAGCAUCUGGAUAUCUUACUGGUCUCAGGCUGACAAGUCUCUGGGACAGAAGCUGGCAAGCCGUCUCAACGUGAGACCAAGCAUCUAAAACGAGUGUGUUGCUAGUGAAAGAAUUCUUGAUUGGCCUUUGUGUGGUUCUAAUUAGCAGAGAAGAAAGAAGAUGGGAAGAGAUCAAAGUUGCGAUAAUACAAUCUUCAUCAUGUGGAUCUUAUGUGCUAUGUUGUAAUAGUAUCUGUUUAAAGACCAAAAAAAACUUGUGUUGUUGUGACCUUAGUUUUGUCUCUUGUUUAUCAGAAUAAUACAUUAUAUACAUUGUU